AUGGACAAUCUCGCGCGCCUCUAUCUCGCGCGCUUCCAGUCGGCUCGUCUCAUCUUCGAUGUGGGCAAAGUGGAGAACGCGCUCGAUAUUCUGUUCGACAUGCGACUGCAGCCCGACAUAAACAUGAUCAUCCGCUGUCUCGUCAACCUCGCCAUCGGCCGAUGUCGACAAUCGCCCCGUGUACCCGACGCCGUCAUAAUCAUUCGAGAAAGCUGGGUCCUUUCGCAGGAGGCGGCAAUCAUCCAGCCAUCGCAAACUUCGAGAACAUCGAGACGGAGAUUCUGCGCACUAUGCUCUAUGAGGAGACUGCGCAAUCCAACGCCCCUGCGGCCGUCGAGAAGCCCGUCGAGGAGCCUGGCCGUGGAGGCUCAUCCGGCGCGGAUGACAACACCCCGAUCAUACCUUUCGCUCUAG